GGAACUGGGAGUCUCUUUCUGGGUAAAGACAAUUCAUCCAAAGGCAAGAAGAGUAGGGCUCCUCCUGCCCCCACCCGGAUGGGCAUCACGUGGCUCCCAGCUAGCAGGCCAGGAAAAUUCCAACCCUUGCACACUUAGCCUCAUGCACGCAUCUGCUCACCCACACUGGCACUCAAGCCUCCCUGACCCACCUUAAGCACUCACCACUGCACAAUCCCUGGCACACUCCUCUUACCCUCAGCUUCUGCCACUUCUCUGGGCCAUAUUGCCAGCCUGUCACUCACCUCAAACCUACCAUGUCCCUGGGGCCUCUAAAAUUCCAGGCAGUGGGUGAGGAGGAGGAGGAGGAGGAGGAGGAGGAGGAGGAGCAGAGUUUAGACUCUGUGAAGGCACUGACGGCCAAGCUGCAGCUGCAGACUCGGCGACCCUCAUAUCUGGAGUGGACAGCCAGGGUCCAGAGCCAAGCCUGGUGCAAGGGCCAAGCCAGACCUGGUCCUGGAGGCCCUGGGGCCAUCUGUGGCUUCGACUCAAUGGAUUCUGCACUUGAGUGGCUCCGACAGGAACUGAGGAAAAUGCAGGCUCAGGACCGGCAGCUGGCAGGGCAGCUGCUGAGACUGCGGGCCCAGCUGCACCGACUGAAGGUGGACCAAGCAUGUCACCUGCACCAGGAGCUGCUGGACGAGGCUGAGCUGGAGCUGGAGCUGGAACCUGGGGCCGGUCUGGCCCUGGCCCCGCUGCUGCGGCACCUGGGCCUCACCCGCAUGAACAUCAGCGCCCGGCGCUUCACUCUCUGCUGAGUGGCCCCCUGUGUGCCUCCCAGGCUGCCUGGCCAAAGGGAAGACAGGGCAUCUCAGAGGCACACACGGGUCUCUAAUGGCUAAAUUGAGAGUGCACAAAGCCCCAGCUGACAAGGGGGAAGGGGAAAAGCUCAGGCUCAAAAGCGCCUC